UCGUAAAAUAUCGUAUACUAUAUAUAAAUUUUAAUAUCAUUAAACAUUGCGCGAGAAAAUUUAUCGAACUUUAAUCGCGUUUCACGAGGGGACAAUAUUUCGUUUUUGUCCCAAUUACGAAGAACGCUUCUCGUGAGAAAAGAGACAAAGAAAGCGAGAGGGUGAGAAGCAGGGACGUUCAUCCACAGAGCGUGAUUCAUGGUGACUCGUGUUUUCGUCAAGGAAACGAAUAUAAGUGUCGGAAAGAUUAUCGACCAGCGGAAGCUCCAAUUGUAACAAUUCUUCUCCUAUUACCAUUCAUUCGUGGCUUUCGCUCAUACCAGAAGAAGAGUACACUCGAUAUCAAUUUGCGGAAAGGGUUAAACCAGCGUAAUGGAUAUAUAUACUCCACGGAUGUUUACAAUUUUACGUUGUAAACACCGAGAUUCUAUAUCAGUUUAUUAUUGAAAUCGAGAGAAAAUCGAUAAAUUGGCAAGAAAGAGCCGAAACCAUUCUCCUCAUUUUUCAAUCGUGGAUUUUCAUCGACGAACGUGGAUGGAAACAAUCGUGGAGGAUACCGAUUAUCAGUUACACGGCUAUUCUUUCUCCCAACCACGACAAACACUCGCUCGCACGAUAUUUCCGACGAAGGAAGGACGAUAUAAACGGUAUCGAUUCUUCUUGGGCCGCAUUCGUUUCCGGGCGAGAGGAGAACGGUUGCCACACCACCGUCGUUGCAACGUCGUUUCUCCCCGUGCGCGGAAGUGACGUAGGAUGACAAAUGAAACAGCCACAAUGCUCGCGAUCUUGAGCUUGAUUUUAUUCCUGGAAACAUCCACUUUACACGUACCUCCCUCGGAUAAAAAUACCCCACGGAGGAGGGAAGAAUGAGGGAAGGAGAAGGAGGAACCGCGAGUACACCCGCAAUUACAAUCAUCCCAAGAAUCCGGCGUAUCUCGGAGGGAGGAGCAAGGGAGGAAGAAGGGACCUACCUGGGUUCGAGCAGCAGUUCCUCGACCGCCCCCGCGAAAAGAACAAUCGAUGGAAUCGACGUAGAGAAUCCAGUCUGGGCGAAGGUGAAGGCGCCAACGACCACCACCGCCUCCUCCUCCUGCUCCCCGCACGAGGUCGAAUCGCGAUGAGAAUCGUCGUGCGUGAAACAACGUUUGAUCACGGCUCGCCUCGAAAGUAGACGAUGCCCCUCUCCUCCCCCCCUGUGUUCACGCUCGCCCGCGACUGACGCUCGGCCGGCCCCGUUCAAUCGAGAAGCCAGCAAUCAUGCCGAUCGAACUGGAGGAGGCCGCCAAUCGUUACUAGAAGCGGAUUACGAUGGCCACCACGACGGGGACGACUCGCCUUGGUGUUCGCGCGUGCUAGUGACUUGCCAGUGUCAAAGUGGAAUUACGCUGGUGUGGAUCGGGAUGCCUGUGCGACGCGCCGUUAUCUUCUCCCCCCGCGCGUUCUCCUCUAUGGAUCGUAGCCAACCAUGGAAACGAGAAACCGAAGCAGAAGGAUCCAAGUACGAGGAUCGCGUUGACGAAAGGAGGAGGUCGGCGAUGACGAGGAUGAGGAGAAGGUGUUCGAGGGAACGGGGGAGAAAAUUUUUCAACAGGGCGACGCGACGCGCCCUCGAGCUGAUCCUCCACCUUCUGCUGAUCCACAACUUCGCCGGGACGGGUGGGGCCGCGGGCCAGAUAGCCGAGUGCCCUCCCCCUGAGACCAUCCCCGGCUGUCCCUGUUACAACUUCGACGACGGCCUUUUCCUGGAAUGUGCUGGCGCCACCGAGGACACCCUGAGGAGCACCCUGCUAAGCGUUCUGAGUGUGUCCGGAACAGGUACGAUGGUGCAAUCGUUGAGCGUUUACGAGUUGGACAAAAGCGUGGAGGAGUUGAAGGAGGGCAGUUUCCCGGCUGGUUCCCAGAUCAGGCAUCUACAGAUAUCCCACUCCUCCCUUCGAGAAAUUAGCGAGGGCGCGUUCGCGAAUCUCAAGGACAGCCUGGAAUCGUUAGCUCUGCUUUCCAGCCGUUUGCUCCACGUGCCGCAGAAAUCGUUGGCCGAUCUGCGUAAAUUGGCCGCCCUCGACCUCGAGGCCAAUUUGAUACAAGAUUUGUCUUCCUAUUGCUUUUACGGGUUGAAACUGAUGAAACUCACUCUCAAGGGUAAUCAGAUAUCAAAGAUCUCCGAGUACGCGUUCGCGGGAUUGGAGGACAGCCUGAGCGAUCUCGACUUAACCGAGAACAAGCUGAAGCUGUUCCCCAUGGCGCCGUUGAGAAGAUUAGAGAGCCUCGCCUCGCUAAGGCUCGCGUGGAACGAGAUAUCGGAGCUGCCUGACGAUAGCUACAGCCUUCUCGGCUCCCUAUUGAUCCUUGACUUGAGCAGCAACAAUUUUGAGAAAUUGUCCGAGGAUUGUUUGCGAUCGUGCCCGAUCCUGCACACUCUCUCGUUCUAUUACAAUUCGAUAGAGACGAUCCACAAGAACGCGUUCGUCUCCCUGAAGGAGCUCGAGUCGAUCGAUCUCAGCUACAACAAGAUCGUGUUCCUCGACGUGGCCACGUUCAAAGGAAACGAGAGGUUGCGAAACAUCGAGUUGAGCAACAAUCACAUUCAUUACAUAGGCGGUGUGUUCGCGAGGCUGCCCGAGCUUCGAGAGCUUUAUUUGGCCGAGAACAACAUUCUGGAAAUCCCGGGGGACGCGUUCGUAGGGAGCGUGAGCCUCGCCGUUGUCUAUUUGCAACAGAACGCCAUCAGAAGGAUCGACGGGAGGGGUCUGACCGACCUCAACCAAUUGGCCCAACUACACCUGAGCAACAAUUACAUCGAGAAGGUGCCGCGAGAAUUCCUCGAGCACUGCGAGAAUCUUUCCUCCUUGUCCCUGGACGGGAACAAGAUCCACGAGCUUCAACCGGGCACGUUCAUAAAAUUGCACCAACUCAGGGAGCUGCGGUUGCAGGACAAUAACAUAACCGAGGUGAAACGGGACGUCUUCACGCCCCUGCCCUCGUUGCUCGAGCUCCACUUGCAGAACAACGCCAUCACCGAUAUGGAGACAGGGGCGUUGAGAACGUUGAACAGUCUUCAACACGUCAAUCUCCAAGGAAAUCAGCUCACCGUUCUGGGGGACGUGUUCCAACUGUCCGCCUCGGAAUCCUCCUCCGGUGGAAGCUCGUUGGUCUCCAUUCAAUUGGACAGCAACGGUCUGGCCGUGUUGCACAACGACUCUCUCCGUGGCCAGGCAUCGGUCAGAAUCAUGUGGCUCGGCCAUAACAAAUUGACGCAUCUCCAGGCGCCGUUGUUCAGGGAUUUGCUGCUCGUCGAGAGACUAUACUUGACCAACAACUCGAUAUCCAGAAUAGAGGACGGCGCCUUUCAGCCUAUGCAGGCGCUCAAAUUUCUCGAGCUCAGUAUGAACAAGCUCAGCCACGUCACGGCGAGAACGUUCUCCGAGUUGCACGAAUUGGAAGAAUUGUAUUUGCAGGACAACGGUCUAAGACGGUUGGACCCGUACGCUCUGACCGCUUUGAAGAAGUUGAAGGUAUUGGAUCUCGCGAACAAUCAUCUCACCGUCCUCCACGAGGCCAUAUUUCAAGAGGGUUUGCCGAUCAAGACACUGAAUUUGAAGAAUUGUUCCAUCAUAAGCAUAGAGGGCGGAGCUUUCAGGGGUCUCGACAAUUUAUCCGAUCUGAAUCUGGACGGCAAUCACUUGACAGUUUCCGCGUUGUUGAAUCUGCGCGUGUCGGGUCUUCGAACGUUGGCCGCAUCCGGGAACAACUUCAGCCAAAUAUCGGAGCACAGCUUGAACGGGUUACCGUCUCUACAGGAAUUGUAUCUGGACAAAGCGCACAUCUCCCAAUUACCCGAGGUUAUAUUCGUGUUGAAUCGGAACUUGGCACGGUUGCAUCUGAACAAAAACGAUCUACGCAAUUUGCCGCCGGGCAUCUUCGACAGGCUGGCUUCCCUCAGAGAGAUCCGUCUCGAUUACAAUCGGUUCCAGGAUAUACCGUAUUCAGCCCUGGCUAAUGCCCUUAACCUCGAGAUCCUCACGUUGUCCAAUAAUCAAAUCGUGAACGUGGACGUGGCCAGUUUCGCCAGUCUUAAACACCUGAGAGAAUUGGACCUGAGCCACAAUCGAAUCGAGACGAUGUCCGGCUUCGCAACGGCCAAUCUCUCGUGCCUCAUCUCCGUCGAUCUCAGCCACAACCACCUGAACGCGCUCCCGGCCAAUUUCUUCGCCCAUUCUUCCAUGCUUCGCAAAGUGGACCUAUCCGAGAACAAAUUCAGGCAAAUCCCGUCCGUUGCGUUGUCCGGGCAGAAUCUUCCCGGGCUGACUUGGUUAAAUUUGACUAGAAAUCCGUUGAACAGGAUUCACGUUCUCCCCUCGGAAGCGAAAUACCCCGUUCUCCAAGAGGUGCACAUAUCGGGCACGAAUCUCAGUAUAGUAACGUCUCAGGAUUUCGAGGCGUUCCCCGCCCUAUUGCAUUUGUAUCUGAGCCAGAACAGCGUGUCGAGGGUAUCCCCGGGUGCGUUCAGAAGCUUGCCCAACCUCUUAACCCUACAUCUGGGAAUGAACAGUUUGGACAUCUUGCCCAAAGAGAGGCUACAAGGGAUGGAGCAUUUGCGGAUCCUGAAUCUGACGCACAAUCUUCUGAAAGAGCUGGACGAGUUUCCGGAGGACUUGAAGUCCUUGCAGAUAUUGGACCUCUCGUACAAUCAGAUCGGGAUUGUGGGCAAGGUGACGUUCAAGAACUUGGUCAGCCUGGUCGAGCUUCAUCUUUAUGGUAAUUGGAUCAACGCCAUCUCCAGCGAGGCGUUCAGACCGCUCAAGAAGCUGCGAUUGUUGGAUCUGAGUAGAAAUUACUUGGAGAACCUACCCUUGAACGCGUUCAGACCUCUCGAGACCCAGAUUCGGAGUUUACGCGCCGAAGAAAAUCCGUUGAUCUGCGGCUGCGAGUCGCAAGAGCUGUGGGAAUGGCUGAGGGACCACCAAAAGCUGGUGAGCGGGGUAGGUGGCGGUCGCGGGCGCGGGAGGAACGGCGUCGGGGUCGGUGACGUGGAGGACGGGCUUUUAAAAUGCCAGCAACCGCCGGAAUUGCAGGGCCUGGUCUUCCUCGAUCUCGAUCCUCACGAGUUCUGUUCCGCCCCGUUGAUCCUGAAACUCGCGAUUCAAGACAUCCAACCGUUCUCGGUCCUCGUUUCCUGGCAAAGCAGGAACCACUCGGGUCUCCACGGCUACCAAGUGGCCUAUCAUGCGCUGGACAACGUGGACGAGGUACGAGGGAAGCUGCUCGAUCCAAAGGCACGUUCGGUAAGAUUGACGAAGUUGGCCUCGGACACGAGGUACCUGAUCUGCGUGCUCGGGCUGGGCAGUUGGGGCACGUCGAUCCCGGAGGACAUUGGCUCUUGGCAAUGGAACGCCUCUCACGACGACGUGAUCGAGGGCUCGGCUCGCCCCGCCAUGGUCAAUUCGCUCACCAGCCAAUGCACCGAAGUCAGAACGUUGGACGCGCCCGACUCGAUCGUAGGCGACGGGACGAUGAGCGACAGAGGUGGCCUGGCCAACAUCCUCACCAGGAGACUGGGCCUGAUAGUGGGCAGUUGCAUGGGUUUCGUGGUGUUCGUCGUGCUCAUCUCGGUGUUGGGCUACAUGAAGAUGAAGAAGCAAAGGUCGACCGAGAAGAGGGAUCAACCGCUUUCGUCCAAUCCCCAAGCGUACAUGUCCUACAGGCAUUUCUCGUUGCAAAGCGGAGACAGAGCUGACAACGCGUGUCCCAGUUUCAUCAGUAAUAUCGGGACCACCCCGUUGAACUCGUAGCACAAGCCGAUCGAGUCUCGAAAAGAGGCCGACCGCCGUUGUAUCGAGAUGAAGAACUCGCCCAGGUGCCCGGGUAUCUUUGGCUAGCAACGAUAAGGAAGACUUAAGGGACUGGCUAGCGGAAGGAUGAACAGUUUCGAUACGGUGCGCGGGGGGAAUUUAGAUUGCUCAGUUUUUCAGGAGGAAUUUUCGUUCUGGCGGGCGAAGGCGUCCGUCCGCCAUGGACGCGAGCGAGGAAGGGAGAAGCAAUUAAGAGAAGUGCCAAAAACUGAUGCGAGAGUAGGUUUUUUUAACGAAAUCCAAUCGGUUAUAUAGUCGUUCAUGUCGUGACGCGCGCCCGUUAAUCGGGAAUGAAUCGGGUGUGAGAAACAAUGAGAAACGAAACCGUGAACACGUGCCAAAUGUUCGAAGGGAGUUCGAGGAAGGGACUUGUUCGAGACGCGAAAAUGACGCGAUUGUUGUCUUGUUUUUUCUAAAUAAGCAAGGGAAGGAAAGAAAGAAAGAAAAAAAAAAAAGGAAAAAAAAAGAAAAGAAAAAAAUACCGACUCUUAUCGACCAUUUACGUAAACCGAACAACGAUGUAAACGACCCCCUUUUUAAAACAUUCGAAUCUCUCCUACGAAGACUGAUUUUUUAAACGUCGUUUCUCCCCUCUCCCCAACUGAAGAAAAUCAUCUUACGAAAGAAAAAAAGGAAAAAAAAAAAAAAAGAAAAAAAAGUUAAUCCCAUCAUUUCGAUGCUCGCAUAAUUACAAUUACAUUGUGUGUACGAUACGUGAAGAUUUUUUUGUAAAUAAUUAACAAUUAUUCGCGACUUGAAAGAACGACGCAACGUAAGACGAUAUCGUAUCGUAUACGUGUCGCGAGAAAAAAGUCCCUCUAUAGCGCUGCGCAAGCAAUAUUACACUUAAUCUAAUCGAUAGUCUCCCGACGAUCAACGUUGGGGAGAAAAAAAGGUUAAUUGAAAAAAGGCGAUCUCAUAGAGGACGACGAGUUCGUUCGUUUCUUCUUUUUUCUUUCUUUCUUUUUUUUUCUUUUCGUUCUACAAGUGUGACCACCGCCGUGAAAGGAUCGAUCCUUGCCUCGCACGGUGUGGUUCGAUCACUUUUUCCUCUCUCUCUCUCUCUCUCUCUCUCUCUCUCUCUCUCUCUCUCUCUCUCUCUCUCUCUCCCUCUUUCCUUUCUAUAUCUCUCAUAUAAUAAUCCUCCGCGUGUCGUCGAUCGUCCGGCACACGGUAUUUUCACGAAUAAACGCGACCAAGUGGCGCGACACUCCUGCCAAGAAACGAGAGAACGGAGAGAAGCGCGAUCUCGAGUUGCCAAAUGUGUUAUACGGUGACGUUGUGGAUGAUGAAUUUACUGUAUAUAGAUAGAGGAUAUGUAUACACAUAGCAUUCUUUAUUAUAUAGGCAUAGGCUUUCGGUUAAUAAAAAUACACCAAAGCUC